AUGGAGUCUGGCAGUGCAGCACUUCCAGCCCGGCGAUGGGCCGCAAUUCUGCUGACUGCCUCCAUAGGCAUUGCGUCAGCAGAUGACUUGGUGCAAACGGUGGACCUGUACCGUGCCAUGGCGAAGCCUCCGGACGGCAAGGAAACGAACCCAGUGUCCAACAACAAUUUGGCAGACGUCAUGGGUGUGUUGCGCUAUGUUCAUCAAGAGGUUAUUGUGGAGCACGUUGCUGGUGAUCCAGAGCGAACUUCUAGGAAGUACGGCAUUGAUUCCUUCGGCCACUACCGGAUGAAAAUCCGAAAUCCGGAUUCCAUCCUCAAGGACCCGAGCAAGUUGGCAAUGCCUGGCUUCGGGCGCUACGGAGCCUUCGACUACGGUGUUGCCACAUCUCUGGACCUGCUGGAGGGGGUCGUGGCCAAUGGUGACUAUGUCGGAAUCUCAAAGGAGGAUUCACCGCAGAUCAACUUUACCCAUCCGUGGUAUUGGUUCUCCGUGGAUGGAGAUUGCCCAAAUCUGCCUUGGCAGUGCGUGAAGCCUUUCGAUGGAUGUACGGCCGAGGCGCCCCCGACGAAGCCUCAGCCUUGCGAUCCGGAGGGCUGUGCUGGCAAACAGGACAAAGAUGCGCGCAACUGCAGCUCGAAUCCACACUUCACGGAUCCUUCGGACACCGACACGGCAAGGAAGUGCUGCCUGCACUACAGUCAGUUUCCUGACAAGGUCAUCAUGGGGGGCUUGUGCAACUCCUCCGUCAAGGAGCCAACGGGAGAGAUCGGCUGCGUCUAUACGUACCAGGCCAUGGGAGACAAGGACUUCGUGAACAUUGACGACCUGAAUGGAAUCACCAGCAUGCCGUGCGGGUCCGAUGGCAAGAGGAAGUGCACCGGCUGGAAGGAUUGGCGACAAAACUGCUACGACCCGAAGGGGACCUACAAGCAGAAGUUCCAAUGCAAUGACUGCAGCUCCACGAGCCCCAAAUGGGACGUGGUUAUCCAGAAAACCAGCUACUGCGUCGAGUACGACCUGCAUCCCUACUGCCAGCAAACGCAGGAUCUCUGCAAGGAUCCAAGAUGCAUGCAGUUGAAGAAGGAGGAGAAGGAGACGGGCCUUCCCUUCUGGAAGGGCAAGUGUGAAGUGCGGGACAACCAGCGUCGUGCUGAAGCAGUAGCGGAAUAUUUUCUGGGGGACUCCGUGAAGGAUUCCCACUGGCUGGUUGACAAGGCUGCCAUGGAUGCGAGUCCGGCCUGUGCAUCCAAAGACAGUUCCGUGCCCAACCAGUGCACUCCGAAUCCCGAUGGCGGUCCAUACUGCACCCGUCUGUUCGGUGGCGUUUGCUCCUCCUGCUACAUCCCAAACACCGACCCGCCCUAUCCGGAUCCGACCUCCCAGCCGAUGUGCCCUUGGGACGUGCUGAAGGAGAAGGGGAAUGGGGAGGCGAAGCCGGUGCAGACGAAGUGCGCAUCGGAAGAUCCACUUUCUCUCUGCUGCCUCUAUGGCAUUGGGACCUGUGGCAACGUGACUGGCACGGACGGCUCUGAUGCCGAGUUAACUGUGAAGGGCUUCCUCCUUGUCACCAGGAUGCAAGACAACAAGGAGAUGGUGAAGUUUGCUCAGCGCUACGUGGAGUCCUUCAAGGGCGCCGUGGUGGACCAGGCCGCCUUCAGCGAUGACAUUUACUCCACGUGGCACUACCAGCCGCCGACGUUGCCUGAGCAGGCUUGGAGCGACUUUGGUUCCACCGUGAACCAAAGCUCUGGCGUCAGCUGGAAUCCGUCCAAGCCCACACCGAAGCCGUCGGGAGGAGGAGGAGGCUUGACCUGGCUCUGGAUCGUCAUCGUAGUGGUUGUCCUGGCCCUCUUGGGCUUCGGCGCUUUCAAGUACCGUCAAAGCCAGCAGGCCAGGGAGCCGCUCCUGCCAUCUGGCCAGAAUCCCCAUGUGCAGAUGAGCAACUAA